ACAUGGCCUCUCACAUGCACCCACCAUGACCAUUUUUCUAUCAUCCCUAGCCUCCUCCUCUCGCUUUCUCUAAUCAUAGAUUAAGUGAGCGAAAGUGAAGCCUCACCGCACCACUCUCCCUCCCGGUAAGUCCACUGCACCGACGGUUUCAUCCAACUACCGCGCACCUCCACCACGGCAGCCCCAGCCUCUUUUUCUUUAGUGAGCUGCCGUGCUACUUCACCACCCACAUCUGCUCCCCUGCUCGCCACUCCGCUCUGCUCAAGCAAGCAGAUCCAAGUAGCAGCAGAGCAGCAGCAGAGGCGGCCAGGAUGCACGCCAAGACGGACUCGGAGGUGACGAGCCUGGCCCCCUCGUCCCCGGCGCGCUCCCCGCCGCGGGCGGCCGCCAGCAACAACCCCGGCUCUGGCGGCGGGGUGAUGCGCGGGUCGGUGUACUAUGUGCAGAGCCCGUCGCGGGACUCGCACGACGGGGAGACCACCACCAAGGGGGCAACCUCCGUGCACUCCACGCCCGCGCUCAGCCCCAUGGCGUCCCCGCGCCACUCCCACUCCUCCGUCGGCCGCGACUCCUCCUCCAGCCGCUUCUCCCGCGGCCACAAGGACAAGUCCGGGGGCGGCCGCAAGGGCGCGCCGCCGGGGAAGGGGUGGCAGGAGAUCGGGGUCAUCGAGGAGGAGGGCCUGCUCGACGACGAGGACCAGCGCCGCCCCAUGCCCAAGCGCUGCAAGUAUUGCCUCAUCUUCGUCGGCGGCUUCGCGGUGCUCUUCACCUUCUUCGCCCUCGUGCUCUGGGGCGCCAGCCGCUCCCAGAAGCCGCAGAUCGCCAUGAAGAGCAUCACGUUCGAGAACUUCAUCAUCCAGGCCGGCACGGACGCGUCGCUGGUGCCGACGGACAUGGCCACCACCAACGCCACCGUCAAGUUCACCUACAAGAACACCGGCACCUUCUUCGGCAUCCACGUCACCGCCGACCCCUUCACGCUCUCCUACUCCCAGCUCAACCUCGCCGCCGGAGACCUGAAGAAGUUCUACCAGGGGCGGAGCGGGCGGCGGACGGCGAGCGUGAACGUGAAGGGGAACAAGGUGCCGCUGUACGGCAGCGGGCCGACGCUGAUGGCGCAGCCGGCGGGGGGCAAGGGCGGCGCCGGCAAGGUGAUCCCGGUGCCGAUGGUGCUGCGGACGACGGUGCGGUCGCAGGCGUACGUGCUGGGGGCGCUGGUGAAGCCCCGGUUCACCAAGGAGGUGGAGUGCAGGGUGGUGAUGAACCCCGCCAAGCUCAACAAGCCCGUCUCCCUCGACAAGGCCUGCAAAUACUCGUGAUCCGUCCAUGGUUGGUUGGUUGAUCGGUUGAUUGAGUAAUCGGAUCAAUUGGUUGAUCGGUCGAUGAGUAAAUUGUUCUUCUUCUUUUCUUGCCCUGUGCAUUUUUCUCACGUAUGCCUCUUCUUUUUGUGUAUCUAUAUGUGUUACUACCACUAUAAAUUAUUAUCAAGUUUUGUAAUGGCCGUGGUGGAUGUGACAGUGAUGGACCAACUACUCAGUGGAGUGAUUCUUUUCGGCGUUGCGUUGUUCCUUAGUACUUAUUUGUUCUUGUAAUUAUAUGUGUUGAGUUGGAGAGUUUGUUUCUA